GGGCUCCCCAACCCGCCCGCCGCCGCAGUCCCCCCGCCGGGCGCCGCAGCCAUGAACCCGUUAUUCGGGCCCAACCUCUUCUUCCUGCCGCAGGCGGAGCAGGACUCUCCUUUCGGGCUCUUCCCGGGCGGAGGGAGAAGGGGCGAGGAAGAGGACGAGGAGGAAGAGUGGGGCCCGGCCUUCGGGGAGCCUUUCUCCUCCACCACCACCACCUCCUCCUCCGCCAUGGCGCUCCGCAACGACCUGGGCUCCAACAUCAACGUGCUCAAGACGCUCAACCUGCGCUUCCGAUGCUUCCUGGCCAAAGUGCACGAGCUGGAGCGCCGCAACCGGCAGCUGGAGAAGCAGCUCCAACAGGCCCUCGAAGGGGGAGGCAAUGGGGGAGGAGGGGGAGGGGGCAGCGCGCGGCGCUCCAGCAUCUCCCGGCGCGACCAAGGCGUCCAGACGGGCUUCGUGGGGCCCAUCCGCCCGCUCGGGCUGCCCUUGGCGGGAAGCAUCGCCCCGCGGGUGCUGGGCUCCCCCAGCCCCAACCCCGCGCGGAGCUUGGCCUCCCCCGGCUGCCACCCGGGAGCCCCCUUGGCGCCCAGCAGCCUCGCCUCGCCUUCCUCCUCCUCCUCCUCCUCCGCCUCGACGCGCUUCCUGCCGGGCACCAUCUGGUCCUUCUCGCAGCCGCGGCGCCUGGGGCCCGGGCCGGAGACCACGCUGGUGCAAGGGCCCGGCGUCUCCUGGCUCCACCCGGACGGCGUCGGCGUCCAGAUCGACACCAUCACCCCCGAGAUCCGCGCCCUCUACAACGUCCUGGCCAAAGUCAAGCGCGAGCGCGACGAGUACAAGCGACGGUGGGAAGAGGAGUAUACCUUGCGGGUUCAGCUUCAAGACCGAGUGGCUGAGCUAAAUGAGGAAGCUCAAGAGUCAGAGGCUUGUCAGGAAGAACUGGCAAUGAAGGUGGAACAACUGAAGGCUGAACUGGUUGUUUUCAAGGGGCUGAUGAGUAAUAACCUCACUGAGCUGGAUACCAAAAUUCAAGAGAAAGCCAUGAAAGUGGACAUGGACAUCUGUCGGCGUAUAGACAUUACGGCUAAGCUGUGUGACGUGGCCCAGCAGCGCAACUGUGAGGACAUGAUCAAAAUGUUUCAGUCUCUGCACUUAUCUCCCAUUAAGGUCCCAAGCACAGUGGGGCGGAAGCGAGAGCGCAAGCUGGUCAGUGAUGAAGACACUUCCCUGUCUGAGAGCGAGGCCUCCAAAAAACCGGAAGAGGAAGAGGAGGAUGAGACCACAGCCAUGAGCAUCAAUGAGGAGAUGCAAAGGAUGCUCAACCAGCUGAGGGAGUAUGACUUUGAAGAUGACUGUGACAGCCUCACCUGGGAGGAGACGGAGGAAACGCUGCUGCUUUGGGAGGACUUCUCUGGCUACGCAAUUGCUGCAGCUGAGGCCCAGGGAGAGCAGUCGGAUGACAGUUUGGAGAAGGUGAUCAAGGAUACUGAGUCACUCUUCAAGAGCAGAGAGAAGGAAUAUCAAGAAACCAUCGGCCAAAUUGAGCUGGAGUUGGCAACGGCAAAGAAUGACAUGAACCGACAUCUUCACGAGUACAUGGAGAUGUGUAGCAUGAAGCGUGGACUGGACGUGCAGAUGGAGACCUGUCGCCGGCUCAUCACACAGUCUGGAGAUAGAAAAUCUCCUGCUUUCACUCCGGUACCGAACAGUGAAUCGGCCCCAAACGAGGAAGCGGAGGCGUCCAAUCACAACCUCCCAAAUGAUGCCUCCAUAAGAUAAUGAGGGAGGUCCUGCCCAAUCUACAUCUCCCGCCUCCUGGUCCAGGAGUGGGCAUGUGGCUGUGAGGAGCCCACAUCCCAGCUAUGGCCAUGCGGGGCAGAAGGGGACAAAGAGCCACUGCAGGCGUUUUGCCAUGCCAAAUCCCUCCACCCUUGGAGGUGGAGCUAGGGAAAGAGGCCCAGGGGAACCUUCUCUCCCGGGACUUCUUUUUUCUCUCUCUCUCUUUCCUUGCCUCCCAGGUCUUUACCUCCCACCUCCCCCAUACUUUUUUAUGGGAUGGGAUUUAGUGGGGAGACUCCCGCCUUAUUGUAGCUGCUCCUCCCUAGGGUUUGCCUUACGAUGCUCCCAACCCAUUGUGGCUUCCUCGUAGAUGUAACUCCUCCCCACACUGCCUACCUACGUGCAGAACUGGAACGGAUUACCUCUGCAAAACUUGAACCUUCUCUCGGUGCCAAUUGGGCUUGAAGGCUGGACUCUGUGAUUUCUGCCUGCUUCUUAGAGGACUUGUGCAAAUGCUCCCCGCCCAGGCCACAUCGUACACACCACUGAGAGAGCCUCUCCUUGUGGGGAAGAAGAACAAGCUGACCAUUUCCUACACCUCAGCUGUCUCCCCGCAUUUUGCUUAGUUGUGCACUUAAGUCACAGAAAAGUCCUAUGUGAUGUGCUAUGUCUGGAAAUGAGAACAUUAAAGAGAAAAAAUCCUUUUGUACA